AUGUGGCAUGGUUCAGUUCCUGCUCCGGGAGGCAUUCAAGUCAAAGGUUGGCUUAACGUUACUGGUGAUGUAAAUAAAAUUAUGAACGAGGAAGAUUUUAGAGAACUUGAUAAAAUAUAUGAGGAGGUUCAUUUAGAUUAUCCGCAAUUAAUGCAUACCGUGUCUUACGUUAAUGAACUUGUUGAACAGGAAAUUAGUGGUGGCAUUCCAGCCAAAAGAAUCAUCAUUUCUGGUUAUUCUUCUGGAGCUUUGAGCAAGGCUACAGCAAUGCAGAAUUCAAAACUCAUCAAGGUUUGGGGCAUGGUUGGAAAAAUGAAGAUGUAG